AUGCAUUCACACGGCGUCCUGAAGUUCCCAAGCAAGGACAGGUAUGAGGGCCAGUUCGAGCAGGGGUUGAUGGACGGCUAUGGAGUGUAUGUCUGGGCCGACGGCACCAUCUACCGCGGCGACUGGGUGCAGGGCCGAAUGCACGGCUGCGGCGUCAAGAUCUGGCGCCGCCCAGACGGCGGCAUAGGCAGCCAGGAGGGGAAGUUUCUGGGGGACGAGUUUGUGGGGCCCGUCAUGCCCUGCAGCAAGGACGGCGCAUUUGAGGCGGCGGUGGAAGCUGACAUGGCGUCCUAUCAGGCCCGCUCGUUCCAGGUGCGCGGGCGCUGGUGA